GGUCAAGGUGGAUCUUGUUGUUGCAUAGCUCAGGUCGGAGCAAGGUGCCAUCGGACGUUCAACAGGUAGUCUCACGAUCGGGCAUGAGUGCCCGAAAGUGGUCAUUGUAUACUCCCGCGGGUCGAAAGGUGAUGGGGAAAGGAGGGGGACACUGGGUGAGAUCUAUCAGCAGCGAAUUCCCCAUACAAAUAGAGGUGCCUAUCAAAAAGAUACUCCGAAGGCUUCGAGAUCAAGGUAUCAUUAGCCGAAGAAGACCCUGGCCAAUCCAUAUGGCCUGCUUGAUGAACGUUAGCGACGGAGACAUAGUAAAUUGGUCCGCGGACAUUGCGAUAAGUCCUCUGUCCUACUAUAGAUGCCGCGACAACCUUUACCAAGUCCGAAUGAUUGUCGACCACCAGAUCCGCUGGUCUGCAGUAUUCACCCCGGCCCACAAGCAAAAAUCCUCGGCGCGGAAUAUAAUCCCAAAGUACUCCAAAGACUCAAAUAUAAUAAAUAAAGAAGGUGGGAAGACCCUUGUAGAGUUCCCCAACAGCAUAGAGCUUGGGAAGCUCAGACCCAUCCGAACAACAAGGAGCACUCAACUAUUAGUCUAGUCUAGUAGUUGUUUUUUCUA